AUGCAUGGCUCUUUGUCUCGGCGCGGCGCUGGGGCUUACGAGGAGGCGAGUGGGGCUGCUGCUGCAGCAGCAGCAGCAGCAGCAGCAGCAGCAGCAGCAAAUGAGGGCUCCGCCUUGCUGCUUGCUGCUGCCGCAGAGCUGCAGCAGCAGCAGCAGCAGCCUGUCUGUGGUUUUUCGCGGGCGGUUUUGGGCCUUGCUGCCAGCCCCCUGGAGUGUCUCCUUUUGGGAGUUGCUGAAGCUUCUUCUCCUCUUCUUUGGGACUUCCAGCUGCAGCGCUGCAUCCGGUCUUUUGCUGCUGCUGCUGCUGCUGCUGCUGCUGCUGCUGCUGCUGCUGCUGCUCCUGGCGGUGCUUCUGGGGGCGCCGGGGGCCCCGGGGGGCCCCCGGACCCCGCUGCUGCAGCAGCAACACUCGACUGCAGCAGCAGCUGCUGCUGCUGCUUCCACCCUUUUGCUGCUGCAGCAGCAACAGCAACCACCACUGGCUGGACUUACCUUUGGGACAUUCGCGCCAACGAAGCAGCAGCAGCAAUCCAGGCCCACAGAGCCCCCGUCAACAAAGUCCUGUUUCACCCCUCGGGAAACUACCUGUUCUCUUGUUCUAAAGAUGGUUUAGUCCGCCCGGGGGGCCCCCUGGUGCGGCUGGACAGCAGCGGGGGGGGGGCCCCCCUGGGGGCCCCCCUGGGGGGCCCCCUGGGGGGCCCCCUGGGGGGCCCCCUGGGGGGCCCCCCGGGGGGGCCCCCCGGGGGGGGGCCCCCCGGGGGCCCCUCCAGGGAACACGGAAUCCUAGAUAUGGCGUGGGCCCCCCAUGGGGCCUCCUUAGCCACCACUUCGGAAAGCAAACUGCUGCGGCUGUGGGGCCGGGGGGCCCCCGGGGGGCCCCUCGGGGCAGAAAUAAAUGCUGCUGCUCUUUUAGAAAUAGACUGCAGCAAUUACUUUCCCGUGUCUGCAAUUAGAAGAGAAGACAGACCCAUUUUGUCUUACGAAAGACUUGCUGCUGCUGCUGCUGCCACUGGCGUUGCAGCCCCUCCGGCCCCCGCUGCUGCAGCAGCAGCAGCAGCAGCAGCAGCAGCAGCGCCUGCUGCAGCAGCAGCAACUGGAAUGCCCCCGCCGCCGCCUGCUGCUGCUGCAGCAGCAGCAGCAGAAGGGGGGCCCCUUGACCUCUGGGAUCUUGGCUCUCUCCAAACCCCCAAGAAGCUGCUCCUCAAAUACGCAGUUUAA